UAAAAUAACGGUCAAAAUCACACACAAACACAGGAAUUUACGUGGUUCGGCAAUUGCCUACGUCCACGGGGAGAUGAUGAGGAGAUUUUAACCCUAACCAAAGGUCUCAACUCCCUCACAAUAUCUCCCUCUCAAAGUGCUCAAAACAAUGCUAAUUCUCUCCUUAAGAAACCCUAAAAAACGUGGUUCUAUUUAUAACAAAACACAAUACCAAAUAGAUUAGGAUUCUAAAAACAAGUCUGCCACACCCUGGUGUGGCACACACCACACCCAUGGCGAACAUGGCACAUUCUGUCACAUCAGGGUGUGGCAGACACCACACCCAUGGCAAACAUGACAGAUUCUACCACCAGUGUGGCAGACACCACACCAGGGUGUAGUUGAGUCUGUUUUGCUUAUUUUUUACGUUUUUCUCAAUUCCUUUGCCGUUUUCACAGGAAUUGUACUAGUAACACAAUCCUUUUUUUUUAACUUAAUAAUGUUACUUUGAUAUAUGUUUGUUAUACGUAGAUGGUGGGAAGAACUGGAUCUAGUACACAAAGUUGAUUUCUCAAGGGACCGCAUAGUUGAAGUUUACCUAUGGACGAAUGGAACUAUAUGGGAACCCAAAUUUUCCAAGUGCAGGAAAGUAUUGGCAAAGUUUAUUAGCGUUGGAAAUGUGAUCGAUGAUUUUUAUGAUAUACAUGCCACACUAGAAGAAGCCCAACUAUUCACAGCGGCAAUUAGAAGGUGGGAUCUCAAGGCCAUGGAAGGCCUCCCGGAUUACCUGAAGUUAUGCUAUUUGGCAGCAUAUAAUUUGGUUAAUGAGUUCGCAUAUGUUUUCCUCAAGGACUUCGGAUUUGACAUCAGACCUCACUUAAUAAAUGAGUGGAUACGUCUGUGUGAAGCAUGCUUGAGAGACGCGCAAUACAUUCACGAGGGCAUAACGCCGUCUCUUGAGAAAUACGUGGAAAAUGGUUGGAUUUCAAUUGGCUAUCCCAUGUUUCUCGUCCAUGCAUUUUAUUUUGUAGACCACAAUUUUACAGAAAAAUCACUCGAUCUUUGGGAGCACUCACACCAACUACUCUACCUCUCUGGGGUCCUCACUCGACUUAUGGAUGACUUGGCUCCUUCUAAGGCUGAGAUGGAUGGAUUGCAACCUUCAGCAGUUUUUUGCCGUAUGAAGGACUCAGGUGAGUCAUACGAGACAGCAACAAAAUACAUCAAGGAUCAAAUAAGUAUCUACUGGAAGAAACUCAACGAGGAACUCGUCAAUGGUAAUCAUCCUCAAAUCUUUAGGGACGUAACAAUAAAUUCGUGGAAAACUACCUUCACAAUGACACAAUAUGGAGAUGACGUUGGCAAUCCCGCUGGCGCAGCGAAGGACAGAAUCCGCUCAUUGUUUUUUGAACCUAUUCCCAUGGAAUAAUUUUAUUCCUAUGUUUUUAGUAUAAGAAUUUGCACCUUAAUUUAUCAUUUGGUAAUUUGGCUGUAAUAUUUGUUGGAACUUGUUAACUUUUUCUCUUGAUGCGCCAUGUGUUUCGUAACUCCUCUAGUUUUUACUGUUCUUAUAUAUUUUCAUGUUCUACCAUAAU